AUGGGCAAUUUCGUACUCCUGCGUCAAUUUUGGGCCAUUGUGGUGUUUGUCAGUGCCGUACUGGCUGUCAAGAUUCCUCAACCUGUUGGCCCUGUUCAGCAAGACCUUCCGGUCGAGCUCAAGUGGGUUGCUUGCCCGACAGACAUUAGACCUUUCCGAGGGAACAACGCUACGCAACAACUUCAGUGUACCAACUUCUCGGUGCCACUAGACCCCAGCAAUGUGCAGGGCGAUACUCCCAAAGUCCAGCUGGGGAUUGUGAAAUUGCCCGCAAUGGGCAAGCGCAUCGGGAAUCUCUUUGUGAAUCCGGGCGGGCCGGGCGGGGCGGCAUCGAGCAUGGUUCUUGGGAUGGCUUCCAAGAGGAUCUACAUCAGCGAUGCAGUACGACAAUCCUUCGAUAUCAUCGGAAUGGACCCGCGUGGUGUCGGUCUGAGUACGCCAACGAAGUGCGACACGGACCUAGCCAACCAACCUAGCGAGUUCGAUGCGACAACGCCUGAAGGAUUUCAGAAACUCUUCGACUACAACAAAGCGGUUGGGGAAUCAUGUCGAGCUAUGACUGGCCCUGUAUUCGACCACAUGGAUACAAUAUUGGUAGCGAAGGAUAUGGAAGCCGUGAGAAUUGCUGCCGGUAGAGAGGAGAUGAACUACUUUGGGGUGUCGUACGGGACGCAAUUGGGUGCUCAGUACGCGGCUCUCUUUCCGGAUAAGAUUCGAGCAAUGGCUCUAGAUGGAAUGCUACAACAUACUGGCGCUUUUGCCUCGAACAUCAUGACACAGGCUACAUCGUUGGACGCAACAAUUCAAGCUUUCUUCAGGUUCUGUGAAGCCAACUCCACAAGCUGUGGUGAAGGCGGUCAGGAUAUACGAAAGACAUGGAACAAAGUCAUCGAGGUUGCCGGAUCCGGCCAGUUAAAGGCUGCGGAGUGUGAUGGAACGAUCAAGACCAAAUGUGUUCCUCUAGCGACAGUUUCAAACGUCUUGGGCGCGGCUCGGUCAACGUUGGAGUUCCCAAAUCAAAGGAAAGCGUUCGCUGAGCAGCUCAAACUUGGGGCGGCGGGGAACGGCUCGUUCUUCAGCCCAGGGUUGCUAUCCGGCGACAUCUUCACCGAUUCUCGAUCACUAUCAAUCACCGUCGUGCAAUGCCAAGAUGGUCAUUUCUUCGCGGCGAAAAGCCACGUUGAAGUGCAACGAGUUGCCGACAUGACGCGGUCUUUCACCGUCACACCUGGGAUGGGGGAGUUCUGGCACCGGGUGAUCGACUGUACUGGAUAUCCCGUCAAUAUCACGAAUCCGAGGACGGCACUCACUAUCAAGGCAACAAAGAAUCCUGUGCUUCUUGUGCAUUCGCGGUUCGAUCCGGCCACGAGUUUCGUUUACGCUGCCGGUAUGGCUGAGGAAUUUCAAACUGCCACAUUGGUCUUGAGAGAAGGAUCUGGGCAUACGAGCUAUCUCAACAAAGGUGAUGCCUCAAGGGCGGUGGACGACUACUUGAUCAGCUUGAAGGUCCCGCCAGCCGGAACUGUUUUACAGAGCUAG